AAAAAUAUUAGUCCACGGCCAGUCUCACGGCGGGACUGGCAGAGUCAUCAUGUCUAUCGGUUACAGAGUGCUUUCGCUCCUUGUCAUCGUCGCUGGGUCGACGGUGACCUUCUCUGCAGCACAAGGCCUCGGCCAAGACUGCACGCUGUUGUCUGGAGGUCCAGGCGUGUGUCGAAGGAUCACUGAGUGUCCGGAAGUAGCUCAGUUUGCCCACAGGCGUGAAGUAAAAUUCUGCGGUACACGUGGUCGACUCGCCCUCGUCUGUUGUCCUCGGGAUUCCACCUCAUGUCCCAGCACAGGGAAUAACGACGGCAUCGCUGCGCCGGUAGUCAAUUUCGAGUGCGGACGCCAAGCCACGAGAGCCGUAUCGUUCCCCGGUGGUCUUCUGUCCCGCCGCCGUCGCCAGAGUCUAUUCGGCCAAAGCAUCGGCAUCGGGGCCCCAGAAGCCAAGAUUGACGCUGUAGUUGCUGUGGUUGGUGGCAUUACGGCCCAGAUCAGCACCUGGCCAUGGAUGGCUCUUCUCGGUGAACUGGACAGCACCAAGACUCCAGACUGGUUCUGUGCAGGCUCCCUGAUCAACGACCAAUGGAUCCUCACUGCUGCUCACUGCCUGGAUUCCAGAACACCAGAAUCGUACACUCGGAGAACACGAUCGAGACCCCGAGCGAGACCAAACCCGGGACAACGAAUCGCCAAUGUGAGUCCACUGUCCAGGCUGGGGAAGACUCAAUCAGGCGGCCACAGGAGCUCGACGCUGCAGGAAGUUCAGGUGAAGGUGUUCCCCUCGUCCACCUGCCACGCACAGUACAAGGACCUGACGUUCUUCAAUAGAGUUUGGCCCUCUGGAAUCGCCGGAGAGACCAUGUGUGCUGGCACUACUGCAGGAGGCAAAGAUGCUUGUCAGGGUGACUCUGGCGGUCCGGCUGUGCACUUCGAAUGCAAUCGAUACACACUGGCGGGGGUCAUCUCCAAGGGCUACGACUGUGGCCUUCGGGAUUUCGCCGGCCUCUACGUCAACGUCCGGCAACUCUUCUAUCUGCAAUGGAUCAAACAGAUUGCGUUUUAAGGACGGUUAUGCGUCUGCUCAUGAAUGGUGCUACGGAUUCUUGGCAAUGCUUUUGAUCCUAUUUUGAAAAACACUUCAUAGAAUAACUAAAGAUGACUUCAACAAUUAAUACUCCAAAACUGGAAAAAAAACUGUCUCCAGUGAGUUAAAGGAAAUGCAGUUAACUGUAAUUAAGAAUCAUUAAAAUUAUAUUGUACCAUUGUUACUUACUGUACAUCAAAAAAAUAAAAAUAAAUAGUUUUAUCAAUA